AUGACAGCGGCAUUGGUGCUGCAAAGCCACCCGACGAUCAAUAUACCGUCGAUAUGCCUCGCGCAGCUUCAGAGCUACGUGCCUCCCCUUGUCUCUACAGGCAUUGGCCUCUCCAUUGAGGAGCAGCAUCGCCUACAACAUAAUCAACAAUCAUUCGACACUUUCCUCUCCAGAGAUCUCGCUAUCGAUGAAGAGUACCUCCGAAAAAUGUUGGGGGAGAGGAGAUGGAGGAGCAUCCAUUCUAUUUUAUUCUCCAUGAGGAAGAUAGUAGCACAACGACUACGUGAGAAGGAGGGGGAUGUGGAGCAGGUGGCAAAGCGAGGCGCUAAACUAGAGCACCACCUUGCACAUCUCCAGACCAAAUCGAUGGCAUGGCAAGUAAGAGCCAAGGUCGGCCAAGCUGAAUCAACCUCCCUCCGCGCCCAGCUCUAG